AUGGAGAAAGAGGAGUAGGACAAUCGGACCUCACUAAAGGAGUUUCUCCUGCUGGGAAUGGGGAAUGUCCCCUCACUUCAAACACAACUCUUCCUCCUCUUGCUCAUCACCUAUUUGGUAACAAUGGUGGGGAACAUCCUUAUUGUUGUGGUGGUGGUGGCAGACCAGCAUCUGCACACCCCCAUGUACUUCUUCCUGGGCAAUCUCUCCUGCUUGGAGACCUGCUACAGCUCCACCAUCCUGCCCCGGCUGCUGGCCAGCUUCCUGACUGGCGACAGGACCAUCUCUGCUCAUGGCUGUAUGGCUCAGUUCUCUCUCUUUGGCCUUUUUGCAACCACGGAGUGCUACCUGCUGGCCAUAAUGUCCUACGAUCGGUACUUGGCCAUAUGCCAGCCCUUGCUCUAUGCAAGCAUCAUGACCCGGAAGAUGUGUUUCCAGAUGGUGGCUGGGUCUUGGCUAGGGGGAUUGCUAGUUUCUGUACUAAUUACCUCUUUCAUAUCUCACCAGAGGUUCUGUGGUCCCAGUGCAAUUGACCACUUCUUCUGUGAUUUUACACCACUGAUGGAGCUCGCCUGCAGUGACACCACAGCACUCAUACCAGUUGCACUAAUAACGUCUUUCCUGGAUUUAGUCUUCCCCUUCCUGCUCACACUGGCCUCCUAUGUGUGCAUCAUAGCUACCAUCCUGAGGAUCCCGUCCAGCGUGGGCAGGCAGAAGGCCUUCUCCACCUGCUCCUCCCACCUCACUGUUGUCACGGUUUUCUAUGGCACCCUCAUCAUUGUCUACAUGCUGCCCAGAACCCCCCAGCUGAGGCAGCUCAACAAAGUGUUCUCCUUUUUCUACACUGUCCUCACGCCCCUGGUCAAUCCCCUCAUUUACAGUCUGCGGAACAGGGAGGUCAGGGAGGCCCUGAGGAAAGCACUCAGGAAAGCCUUGGCCUGCACCCAGAGCUCACAGUAUGCUGGGGUCCUGAGGGCACUGACAGGCCUUAAUGGCCCUGAGCAACUUCACCUGGGGCCUCCACACACCCUCUCUGCCCAUGGGCUUGGGGCUCACUUUUAG